AAUCGCUCUCGACGAACCAAUCCCGGAACGAGAACAAGAACGAGCACAAAAACAAGAACAAAACGCCCGAAAAUGACAAGGGACGACGCGGGUUCGGAUUCCGACAGCGACAGCGGCGACUCGUCCUCUUUCGACAGCCCCCCGCCGUCGGACGAGGAAGACAACGGCGUCGACCGGAAACCGCUGGGGUACACCCCGGGGGGCGUCCGGCCCGCGGGGAGGGUUCCCACCCCGGCGACGGUGCCCCGGGGCCGCCCGACCAAGAAGGCGAGGGAGGAAGCGAUCUUUCGCAACAGGAUGCUCCGUCUCGAGCAAAAGAAGCAGCGGCGGGAAAUCUUGAACCACAAGCGCAAGCGGGGGGACGGCUUGCUGGACGACGACGACGACGACGACAGCGAUGCCGAGGGGGCGAACAAAGCGGUCGUCCCGCCGUCCUCUGCAAAGGACAAGGCCAAGGGUGCGAGCCUUGCGGCAGACACCCCCGUGCGCAGCAUUACGAUGCCCCUGUCCCGGGCAUCCACGGGCGCUCUUUCGUCCGCGACAAAGCCGGUGGAAUCGGUGGCCGGGAAGGCGAACCCGAGCGUCAACGACCCGCUUUUGGUGCUCUCCAGCGACGACGAGGACGAGGACGACGGCCACCGCAUGCCUUUUGUGUCGCACGCCUCCCUCCCACCGAGGGCAAAUCUUCCCCCGGCCAUGGCGGCCGCCCUCCGCAAGGCCCAGGCGUCCCGGGCCCGGCUCACCCAGGCCCAGCUCUACAAGGGGGAGGACGUCUCCGUCUCGGUCGAGGCGGACCCCUCGGUCAGCGUUCCCACCCUGGCGCCCCGCAGGGCUCCCAGCGGCGGCGGGACCAGCGCGAGCGGCCCCCCGGCAAGGAGUCUGGGCAGGCCCCUCUUGCUCUCGUGCCGCUGCGCCCACCUCGUCAUUGCCGGAGCGAGGGAGGCCGUCCCGAAAGGCCGGCAGACGAUCGAGCUGUCGGUCCGGGAGAGGGAGCCCCUCUCGGCGCUGGCGGACCGAAUCCGCGAGGCCCACUCGCUGCCCCCCGGGGAGGGAACGGUCGUGACCAUGACCUUUGACGGGGAGACACUGGACCCGGGUCGGGAUCCCCUGUCCUACGACCUGGAGGCCGGCUACCUCGUCGACGUCUACGCGGCGGCCCCGCGCCGGCUGGGAGCGUCCGAACAGCGCAGAAAGCCCUCCCCCGGGAGCGGUCCCUCCCUCGGCCGGGCCCUUGAGUUUACCUGCCGGAUCCGCGUCCGGGAGGCGGAAGCAAACCAGCGGGGGAGGCCCCUUAAGCGGCCCCGGGCGGCACCCGAGACGCUCACCAGGACCGUGAGGGUCCGGGAGCGAGAGCCCGUCCGCAAGAUCGUCGAGCGGCUCGGCCCGCUCCCAAGGUUGGCGUCCGCCGCAAGCACCACCGUGCGGUUCGACGGCUGCGUUCUCGACCCCUGCCGAACCCCUUCGUCGUACGAGAUGGAGGACGGGGACAUGGUGGAGGUCUGCAUCGAGGCAAGGGAGGGGGAGCAGCAGCAGCCGACGCAGAAAACGCCGGCGCGGAAGCAGCAGCAGCCGCCCGCCCAUCCACCGCUGGCCGGGAUUUUUACGCGGCGGAGCAACACUUCCCGGGCCGCACCGAGAACCGCCGGGGGAUUCGUCCUCAAGCUCGUUGUGCGGUCUGCUUCCAAAACCACCACCACCGAGCUGAGGGUCACCGACGCGGCCACCACCCUCGCGGAGCUCCUGGAGGGCUGCGGGGUCGUUCCCCCGGCCCCGAAUGCGGUGGGCACCCGGCGGACCACCCGGAGCCGAAGGGCCGCCGCAACAGAAGGGAGGCCCCCGAUCCGCUUCGGGGGCAUGGUCCUGGACCCGACCAAAACGCCGGCCGACUACCACCUGCAGGACGGGGACACCCUCGAGGUGGGAGAGGGACCUUCCGCGGGGGCGGCGGCUUCCACCACCGCCCCCGAGGGCCAGAGCUGCGAGGGGAGCUGCAGCAGCCGGGCCAUCGAGAUCUGAAGACCCGGCGGCGCCGAACGGCAAGGCAAGGCAACGCAACACAACAUGACGAAACAGAACAGAACAGAACAAAACGGGACCGCUCGGGGGAAUCCCAUCGCACGCGGCGGGUCAUUGGACACCAAGGACGCCUGCGGGACAAGAGGGGCCACGGCACACACGCUAUUGGAUCGGGCACCGCGAGGCAUCGCCGCUUCGGUUGUGCCAAAAAUGCGAGACACACCGACCGUGCGACCGACAAGGGGGAAAGCGAUACAACCGAACCGAACCAAAACCCACCCACGUCCAUGCAAGCCAUCGGUGCAUCGAACAACCGCACUAUACUACAUUAAACUAUCCUAGGACUG